GCUUUAGGAGUAAUACUCGAAUAGGAGAUGUUGAUAUGUUACGGUUUGAAACUAUGGAAGAUGGAGCAGAGAUGGGGAUAAAGAUUGGUGGCUAACUGGUGAACGUAAAUGGUUGGGAAAGAGGUGUAGAGUAAUUGAUAACUAUGUUCCAUGUUCCAUUCGCCAAUAUUGAGUUCUAUGUCAAUGUUAUUCUCACUUAACAAUAUCUGCUGUAAUUCAUGGUUGCCCUCAUCCUUAUCCCACCAUCAGAAUUGGGAUGAGUGCAGAAGAAUUUCCAAUUUAAAAGUUCAGAAUCUCAGGGUUUGUAAUUCAUUACUACCAUAUUAUUCUUCACACCUCAAUCUAAAGCGCAAAUUUCCAUGGAGUUAUGAUUAUCACCAUUUUGCACUUCAUUCCAUUAAUGGCGGUCAUACCACGGCUAAAGGUCUAUCUGAGUCUCAAAGUUACCCAACAGAACCUGAAGGUUCAGUAGAAAGUAAAGACAGUCAGCAAGAACAAUCACUUUCAACCUCCAAACUUGGCAAAACUUUGGAGCAGUUGAAAAGAUAUGGAGUUUCAGGAUUAUUGUCGUAUGGUCUACUGAACACAGCUUAUUACCUUACAACCUUCAUCUUGGUCUGGUUCUAUUUUGCUCCAGCACCUGGAAAAAUGGGCUAUCUAGCUGCUGUUUCAAGAUUUUUGAAAGUAAUGGCCAUGGUUUGGGCAGGAAGUCAAGUCACUAAGCUCAUGAGAGCAGCAGGUGCCCUUGCCCUUGCACCAGUUGUCGAUAGGGGGUUGUCGUGGUUUACCAUCAGAUACAAAUUUGAAUCGCGAGGAAAGGCUUUCUUCACGAUUGUUGCGUUUUGCUUCAGCUUGGCUCUAAUCAUGUUUCUAGUUGUGACUCUGCUUUGGGCUUGACAUACUUUUUGACCUUUUCUGUAUGGAACUGCAUCAAUAUUCUGCAUUUAAUUGUAUUUGUAAAGGAGAUUAGGAGUUUCGCAUGUUUGCACCAUAACUACAAAAUUUCAUCGUUAGGUGGUCUGCUUUGAACAAUUCUUAUUUUGAUUUGCACUUCUUUGAAAACGGUGUAAAUAUUAAUUUUUGUAGUCAGUAAGUAAGAAAAAUGACAAAUGGGUUAAAUGUAA